UGUCGUGCCUGCACAGGUUGACAGACACAAGACUAGAGAGUUAGAAGCUGCAUCUGGAGCACAGGAGAGCUGCCACUGUAGACUUCAUCAUGCGGUUCAACACGCUGUUCUUCGUGCUGGUCCUUUCUUGUCUCUGCCUUGCAUUGGCACAAGUGUCCUAUGAUGACUGCUGUCUGAAGUAUGUGAGGGAACUGAGACACGGUACUCGAAGACACGCAGUGAAGUACAGAGAGCAGAAGCCAGAUGGAGGCUGUAACAUCCCAGCUAUAAUCUUCACCAUGAGGAGGGGACGAGUGUUUUGCACAGACCCCAAAGAAAAAUGGGUCAUAGACCUGAUGAAGAGGAUUGAUGAAAAGAACUGGAAGCCCCCCAGAAAGCCCUUCCGUUCGAACAGAGGCUGAGAUGACUGCCUGCUGCAAUCGUUCAUCAUUCCCUCUGCCCUCUGCCAUGUUAUUAUUAAGCAACAAGCGCUUUUAUGGCAGUUUUAUGGUGGCUUACUGGAAGCUAAGUGAGGAGGUUGUUCAAGGAACUCUUGUAGCAUUACUUUUGCUUUCACUCUGCACUCAGACAAAGGUCAAAAGCUUGUGUAGAGCUUCAGCAGAACUUCUUCUGGGUUGGGCUCUUCAAGCCAAAUGGCCACCAGUUAACACAUAUAAUACCUUUAUAUGCAUGGCUCUUCAGUGAAAACAUUUGUGACUAUUUUCUUGCCUUUUCAGACAUCAGAUAUUCAAUAAGUUGUUUAAUCAUAGAAGUGAUGAUGGAGUGGUUAUGACGUGUAACAUUUAGGGUAGCUAUUUACUCCAUAAUGUGUGCAGUGAAACACUAGAAAAUGUUUAUGUGAAUACACCAGUUGUUUUAUAUAAGUUAAUCUUUGAAUUGAGUGUCAUAGAAAAAGAAAUGAUCUGUCUUAAGUUCUUGUAAACUGUAUGAAUGUCUAUCUUUAAAUUCAUUUUGUGUACAGGUUUUAUUACAGUGAAUAUGUUCCAAUAAAAGCAUUACUUUCUUACCCCUCCCCACA